CCCCUGCCCGCGCCCCGGAGAUGAGGCGAAGAUGUCGGUGUCAGGGCUCAAGGCCGAGCUGAAGUUCCUGGAGUCCAUCUUCGACAAGAACCACGAGCGGUUCCGGAUCGUCAGCUGGAAGCUGGACGAACUGCACUGCCAGUUCCUGCUGCUGCCGCCGGGCAGCCCGCACCCGCCGCCGCUCACUAUCCACUGCAACAUCACGGAAUCCUAUCCGUCUUCAUCACCAAUAUGGUUUGUGGAAUCGGAUGACCCCAAUUUGGCAUCAGUUCUGGAACGUCUUGAAGACAUUAAAAAGAGCAACACCCUGCUUCUUCAGCAGCUGAAGCGGUUAAUAUGUGACCUCUGCAGAUUGUACAACCUCCCUCAGCAUCCUGAUGUUGAGAUGCUUGACCAGCCGCUGCCUGCGGGUCAGAAUGGGACCGCAGAAGAAGUUACUUCAGAAGAAGAGGAAGAAGAAGAUAUGGGUGAAGAUAUAGAAGACUUAGAUCACUAUGACAUGAAGGAAGAAGAACCCAUUGAUGGAAAGAAGUCUGAAGAUGAAGGUAUUGAGAAAGAGAAUCUGGCGACAUUGGAGAGAAUCAGGAAGAAUCAAAGGCAAGACCAUCUGAGUGGUGCCGUGUCUGGGUCAGUGCAGGCUUCAGACAGACUCAUGAAAGAGCUCAGGGAUAUAUACCGAUCACAGAGUUAUAAAACAGGAAUUUACUCAGUGGAACUUGUAAAUGACAGUUUAUAUGAGUGGCAUGUUAAACUUCUCAAGGUUGACCCUGACAGCCCAUUACAUCACGAUCUUCAGGUCUUAAAAGAAAAAGAAGGUGUAGAAUACAUUUUGCUUAACUUUUCUUUUAAGGAUAACUUCCCUUUUGACCCUCCUUUUGUUCGAGUUGUGGCUCCUAUUCUCUCAGGAGGGUAUGUGUUGGGUGGUGGCGCAUUAUGCAUGGAGCUUCUCACAAAACAGGGCUGGAGCAGUGCCUAUUCCAUCGAAUCGGUCAUCAUGCAGAUCAAUGCCACCUUAGUCAAAGGGAAGGCCCGAGUACAGUUUGGAGCCAAUAAGAAUCAGUAUAAUCUAGCAAGAGCUCAGCAGUCCUAUAAAUCCCUAGUACAGAUACAUGAGAAGAAUGGCUGGUACACCCCUCCAAAGGAAGAUGGCUAAGCAGAGGAACCAUUCUUUGCCUGGACCGAUGUCACUAUAACGAAAUUCCUGCCAGCAGACAAUAAGCUACGAGUGCCCCUAUAAACAGCAGUACUGAAGACUUUAGCUAUUAAAUUUGUUAGUGGAUAAAAUGUUAUUUGACAUCCAGUGUAGGUUACAGCCUUUCCAUUCUGCUCAUCAUAGGUAUCUUGGGCUGAGCAGUUUCGGACCUUUAUCGGUCCAUUUCUUCCCAUCUUCCCUUCAUAUGAAAGUGAAACCCCUGAAGCCGACGAGUCAGUACCAAGUUACACACACACAAAACACACACACACACACACACACACACA